AUGUCCUACGUCGGUUUACUCGAAGGAGGUCGAUGGGCGCAGCAUUCGAACCCGGCUGGUCAAGUUUACUACACGAGCCUUGAAUCGCAGGAGAGUCAGUACUCGAUUCCCUCUGGUUGGGAGGACCGCCCCGGGGAUGCCUGGGACUAUGACGACACCUACAUGCUAUGGAGAAACGUACGUACCGGGAGAAUCGUCUUCAUGGAUCCCAAUCCUCCGCCGGCGCGGCUGUAUACCGAGGACAGAAUUGUUGCCACGCAUCUUAGAACGCUUGAAAGGCACCCAGACUCGAGUGAAGCUCUCCAUCGGAGAGCGACAACGGGAAUGCUCAGGUUUCUUUUCAGAAGCGAAGAUGGGUACGACGUCGUCCAGGAAGACAGCAGAGUGUCAAGUACCCCAGAUCACACUGUGUUCAAGGUUGAAUGCAGAGCAAGAGGCUCGGCAUAUGUUUACGAUUUCAUGAUGGUUGAGUGCAAGAGGGCAAAUGAGAACUGGGAAGCAGCGGUUGAGCAUUUAACAAGGCACUGCGAGAAUGCGCAGAACGAGAGUAGACAGGUCUACGGCAUGGUCCAGGUGGGCAUGGACAUCCAGUUUUUCCACUGGGCCAACACGACUUUGACAGCGGUCAGCGACGUAUGUCAUCUGCGAAACAACGCAGAACGUGUCACACAAUGGGCAGAGUAUCUCAAAGCAAAUCCUUGGGCAUUCAUCUAA